AAUAAUAUUCAAUUUUAGAAACCCAACUAAUGAGGACCAACCUUCUCUCUUCGUCUCCUUCCAUACCAUAACCAGCUCAUGUUUCCUUCUCAAUCUCUUAAACCCCCAUAACCCACAACCCAAAGUUUCAUGCUUUUUACGCAAAACUCUGAAGAAAACCAAUGGUGGCUUCAAGGCCGGUCUCGCCUUCGUGGAUGAGCACAGCAGCGAGCAGAGUUGAUGCCAAUUUCAGAGAAAGCAAAGAACAACAAAAACAGAGGCGGCAGCAGCAGAACCAAUCUGUUCCCAUUCCUGAUGCCAAUUUGAGUUUCGGAGAGAGGGCUUUGUCUGCUGCUGGUGCUGCUUUUGUUUCCUCGAUUCUCGUGAACCCUCUCGAUGUUGCCAAGACAAGGUUGCAAGCGCAGGCUGCCGGAGUACCUUACCAGGGCCUAUGUGGUACGCCUUGCAUUGAAACAAACACGAUGCUUCCAGAUUUAAGAUCAUCUGCGCUACGCACACCUUCGCUAAUUGGAUCCAAGACUGUCUGCCCACCAGAAUGUAACCAGUAUAAAGGAACACUGGAUGUGCUGUUGAAAGUCAUACGUCAGGAAGGAUUUUGGAGACUCUGGAGAGGAACCAAUGCAAGCUUAACAUUGGCCAUACCAACUGUGGGGAUCUACAUGCCUUGUUAUGACAUUUUCCGCAAUUUGAUGGAAGAGUUCACAACUCAGAAUGCACCAAAUCUAACACCAUAUGUCCCAUUAGUUGCUGGGUCAUUAGCACGAUCAUUGGCUUGUGUCUCUUGUUACCCUAUUGAACUGGCAAGGACACGCAUGCAGGCCUUCAAGCAAACCCAAGUUGGUGUCAAGCUUCCAGGAGUUUGGGGAACGCUGACUGGGGCCAUCAACCCUGUCAAGAGUACAAACCCCCUUCAUAACUUACAAAACUAUCGCAUCUUGUGGACUGGCCUUGGAGCUCAACUUGCUCGUGAUGUUCCUUUUUCUGCAAUCUGUUGGUCAACUCUUGAGCCAAUAAGGCGCAGAAUUCUUGGUCUGGUAGGUGAUGAACCUAGUGCAGCCACUAUCCUUGGGGCAAAUUUCUCUGCUGGAUUUGUUGCAGGAAGCCUUGCAGCUGCUGCUACAUGUCCGCUAGAUGUGGCAAAAACCCGACGACAGAUAGAGAAGGAUCCUACAAGGGCAUUGAAGAUGACAACAAGACAAACUUUGCUUGAGAUUUGGAGGGAUGGAGGAAUGAAGGGGUUGUUUAUGGGAAUUGGUCCACGUGUUGGUCGAGCUGGCCCUUCAGUUGGGAUUGUUGUCUCCUUUUAUGAAGUUGUCAAGUAUGCUAUUCAUUAUAGACAGCUGACUGAGUGACUAAACGUGACACACACAUUCGUUGAUACUCACCCUUUUGGUUCCUUGUUUCUCUGUACAAAUUUAUCUUGUCAUACAUCUGACAUGCUAGAAAAGGUGAACAAAUCACUAAUCAUGUGAUUUCCUUCCUCUCCGUAGGCCGCAAAAGCAACAGAAUAUAGCAAUUUUUGGAGAAUAAAAGAUAUGAUUGAAAAAGGAAACUAUCAUGUCUGAUAUUGCAAUGCUGUAAUACAAUCGUUUUCCGUUGCAAGAGAAGUUCUUGCUGGAAAUACAUGUCUUUUUUAAUUUUACUUCCCUUUAAGGUUUGAGUUUAAAUCAUGUUUGAAUGUAGAUUUGCACAACAGGGUUGCGUACUCUGUUUCUUACACUUUUGUUGCACAAUUAUUCUCAUGUCAUUCACUAUGGAGCUAUUAGUAAUGAAGUAGUAUAAACAUCUGUGGUAGUUGCAAACCGCUUUGCUCAA